AAUGAUUUCUUAAACAUAGACAACCAGUCAAACUAGUUAAACAAUAUUACAUCUCAAUAAUAGUCAAUAACAUGAAAUAGAGUAGUAAUAAAAAAAGAAAGAAAAAAAGAAAGGAUCUGUAUAAUGGACAGAAGAUACUGUUGAUAAUGAAAAUCUUGGAAGACUCAAAUCUAAUAGUAUACUAAUCAUUUAACUUAAAUUUAGUUUGUUGUAUAUAUCAUAAACCACAUGCAGAAGAAUCUGAAAGUUCAGAUACUUGUACAAGUGAUGAUGAGAUUAAUGCUAUAGAAAGAGAUAAAUAAUCUAAAUUAAGACAUAAAAAGAAAUGUUCUAAAUAAAAUAAGAAGUGUUGCUGAUA